AUGAACUUGAUAUGUAGUCGCACUUCUGUUGUGAAGGCUACUAUUCGGCUAACUGGUAAUGAUCACGAUGCAUUGAGGCAGCAGCGGACGGAACUUCGCAAAAGAGGUUUUCAUGAUGUAGAGAUUGGGACGAAAUUUAUGGAUGUCUUAAAUAUAGAUUAG